AUGCGAAAUAUACUCUUCCUCUCUGUGCUGGUGCUGCUGCUUGCGCUGCCCGUCUCCUGGGGGAGGUACGAUGAUUUUGACGAUGGGGAGGAGCUGGCAGAGUUUGAUGAUAAUGACUUUGCAGAGUUUGAGGAUGUGAGUGAGGAUGUGACACCUGAGACAGAGACCGUCGCUCCUCCUCGGGUAGCCCCCACUGCUACCGACCAGGACGACGAGGAUGAGGCCACUGUGGAGCUGGAAGAUGGGCAGGAUGACUUUGAGGACUCUGAGACUCCCGAUGAAGACUUGUACAACAAGUAUGACGCGGAGGAGUUUGAGGGGUUUGAGAAAUCCAGCCCGUCCUUCAAAGACCCAAUUAACAUCCUGACAGUUCCCUCCCACCUGCAGAACAGCUGGGAGAGUUACUACAUGGAGAUCCUCAUGGUGACAGGACUGUUGGCAUACAUCAUGAACUACAUCAUUGGCAAAAACAAGAACAACCGGCUUGCCCAGGCCUGGUUUAACUCUCACCGAGAACUGCUGGAGAGCAACUUCGCCCUUGUGGGGGACGAUGGCACCAGUAAGGACGCGGUGAGCACGGGGAAGCUGAACCAGGAGAAUGAACACAUCUACAACCUGUGGUGCUCCGGCCGCGUGUGCUGUGAGGGCAUGCUUAUUCAGCUCAAGUUUCUGAAGAGGCAGGACCUGCUCAAUGUGCUCGCCAGGAUGAUGAGGCCCAUCUGCGAUCAAGUGCAAAUCAAAGUGACCCUGAAUGACGAGGACAUGGAUACAUUUGUGUUUGCGGUUGGCACCAAGAAGGCCAUGGCACGACUGCAGAAGGAGAUGCAGGACUUGAGCGAGUUCUGCAGUGACAAGCCUAAAUCGGGAGCAAAGUAUGGGCUGCCAGAUUACCUGGCCAUCCUAUCGGAGAUGGGGGAGGUGACGGAUGGAGUGAUGGACAGCAAGAUGGUUCAUUUCCUUACCAAUCAUGCCGAGAAAAUCGAGUCCAUCCAUUUCUCGGACCAAUUCUCUGGUCCAAAACUUAUGCAAGAGGAGGGUCAGCCCUUAAAGCUGCCGGAGACGAAAAAGACACUUUUGUUUACAUUUAAUGUGCCUGGGAUGGGCAACACAUCCCCCAAAGACAUGGACGCACUGCUGCCUCUCAUGAACAUGGUUAUCUACAGCAUUGACAAGGUCAAGAAGUUUCGGCUCAACAGGGAGGGGAAGCAGAAGGCUGAUAAGAACCGGGCCCGCGUGGAAGAGAACUUCCUGAAGCUGACGCACGCCCAGCGUCAGGAGGCCGCACAGACGCGGCGCGAAGAGAAGAAACGGGCUGAGAAGGAGAGGAUCAUGAAUGAGGAGGACCCUGAGAGACAGCGCCGUCUGGAGGAGGCUGCUCAGCGUCGGGAGCAGAAGAAGAUGGAGAAGAAGCAGAUGAAGAUGAAGCAGAUCAAAGUCAAAGCCAUGUGAAGUUGCACAGACCGCUACAGCUCCGCCCUCACAGCCUCGCCUCCUCUCUCACCUGCCUGGCCUGCCCCCACACUGCCACACACCUACUCCCUGCGCCCGUGUCGUCUCUCUCUCUCUCGCCUGUCACUUACACACAUGCUCUGUAUGGAUCUCUGCCUUGUGCUGCUCUCCUAUUCCUGGUGCCCUCUUACUGUCCUUGUUGUGUGUACAGACAGAGUACCCCCUCUCCACCUAAUUCUUAUAUUUCCUCCUCCCACCACACGCACUCCUUCCCUGUCUGACCGUAGCGGUGCAGGGCGGGGCUGAAGACUGUAACAGUGGGGGGGGGUAUUCCCAGGCAACGCUCUUGUAUGGACAGACAGCAGACCGGCCCUCUCUCCGAACAUCAGUGUGUCUGCCUGUGACCCAGGAAACCCCUGACCCAGGCUGAUUGAUACGGGAAUGGGAUGAGCGUGGCUGCUCAAAGUGGUCUUCCAUAUCAUAUUUUCACCCAGCAGGCUUACUCCUCUCUGCCACUGGCAGCCUGAGGGGCUCUUACCGAUGGCUGAUCUGUCCAUUUUCUGCUGAUACUUCUGAAGAGUUGUUUCUAGUGAGCGUGCAUGAGGAAUGUCAAUUUGAAUCAAUCAGGGAGUGUUUGCUUGUGUCUUUUAGUCAGACCAGGGGAA